CACAGGACACGUGACCAGAGGCUGGCGGCGGCACAGGAGCUGUCAUGGCGGACAACAAGGAGAUGAAGGAAGUGUAUGACUACAUCGUGGUCGGGGCCGGCGUGCAAGGUUCCUUCACGGCUUACCAGCUGGCCAAAAAGAAGAAGAAAACUCUCCUCCUUGAGCAGUUUACUGUACCUCACACUAGAGGAAGCUCCCAUGGUCAAACCCGCAUGAUUCGCAAGGCGUACGAGCAGGACUUGUACACUCUCAUGAUGGAUGAAGGCUAUGAACUGUGGGCCACACUGGAGAGGGAGGCUGGAGUCACGCUGUUCAGGCGAACAGGACUUCUGGUGAUGGGACCAGAGAAGAGUCAGAGCUACAUUGGCUUUAAGAACAGCUUGGAGAAGAACAAGAUUCCUAUGGUGGUUUUGACUCGGGAGAACUUCCAUCAGCACAUACCUAAUGUCGUCCUGGCUGACGGGGAUGGUGCUUUUGUGGACACCACUGCUGGGAUCUUAUAUGCAGACCGGGCCCUCAAGGUGGUUCAGGGCCAGUUUGAGAAGUUGGGUGGUGUCCUGCAAGACCAAGAGAAGGUGACAGACAUCAAGCCUGGCCCUAUGGUGACCGUGACAACGUCUGCUGGUGUUUAUCAAGCCAAGGGUGUUGUCAUUACUGCUGGACCUUGGGCUAAUAGAGUGCUGCUCCACACUGGCAUACAGCUUCCACUGCAGGUUGUUAAAAUUAAUGUAUGCUAUUGGAAAGAAAAGAUAGCGGACACUUACCAUGUGAAGAAACGCUUCCCGUGCUUCUUGCUGUCUGAGGGCGAGGAGGCCAAAGACCACAUCUACGGUCUGCCUUCCAAUGAAUACCCCGGUCUGAUGAAGAUUUGCUACCAUAGCGGCAGUCAGACAGACCCUGACCAGAGAGACAAGCAGACAGACAAGUCUGAGAUUGACAUUCUUCGGCGCUACAUCACCAAACAUCUCCCUGGCCUCAUCCCUGAGCCUGCUGUGGUGGAGAGCUGCAUGUAUACGGUAACACCCGAUCAUCAUUUUGUGCUGGACUGCCACCCUGCUUACGACAAUAUUGUAAUAGGUGCAGGAUUCUCAGGUCAUGGCUUCAAGUUUGGACCCAUCAUUGGUAAGCUGCUCUGUGAACUUAGCCUGGGAGAGAUGCCCUCCUAUGACCUUUCACCUUUCCGCAUGGCACGCUUCCAGACAAUCAUCAAGUCACCCUUGUAGGAAGGACUGUCAUCCAUAUUUCAUGUGAUCAUCAAGUCAUCCAUAUUUCAUGUGAUCAUCAAGUCACCCUUGUAGGAAGGACUGUCAUCCAUAUUUCAUGUGAUCAUCAAGUCAUCCAUAUAUCAUGUGAUCAUCAAUGUCAUGUGAGAGAUAUCAACUUAGAUUGUAAACAUCAAGCAUGUAAGACUUCUGUGGGAAGGCUCAUCUUUCCAAAGAUUGAAAUAUUAGUGAGAUGAAUGAAUGACUUUGAUUUAAGAUGUGAAAAGCUGAAGGAAGAAAAGUUUCAUUCCGAUGCACUUAAUUGUUAAAAGAAGAUGUUGAAUAAGUGUUGUUAAAGAAGAUGUUGAAUAAGUGUUGUUAAAGAAGAUGUUGAAUAAGUGUUGUUAAAGAAGAUGUUGAAUAAGUGUUGUUAAAGAAGAUGUUGAAUAAGUGUUGUUAAAGAAGAUGUUGAAUAAGUGUUGUUAAAUAAGUGUUGUUAAAGAAGAUGUUGAAUAAG